AUGGGAAAGGUUUAUUUGGAAGAGUGCAACUCCACAAAGAAGACAGAGGAAGAAUAUAUGAGUUGCAAAUUCAAACGUACAUCAGUAGAUGCCGAAGAGGGACAGGGGGCUUCUGGCAAACCAGAUAUACUAGAAAACUCGGCAAAGGGGAGCAAAAGAAAAAGAUCUAUAAAAAAUAACAGAGCUUGCUGUCCACGAAAAAUGCCACAAUGUUGUGACAGUGUGAAACCUCAGAAGAAGAGGAUGCCAAUUCCUCCUUUACCUUCUAUACUGCCGCCUGUCAAUCUGAUUCACAGGGAUGUUGUGCGCGCUUGGUGCCAGCAGUUAAAACUGAGCACCAAAGGCCCGAAACUAGACGGAUAUACACGACUCUGUGAACAUGCCUACCCUCAUCAAAAAAACAUUCCUGCCACAGCCGAGGAGGCCAGGAUCCUACCACUAUCGAGAAGAAAAUCAAAGAUGGACAAGGGGGAACUACCUCUGGAAUGUUCUGAUGAAAAGAUGUCUUCUGAAGUGGCUGCUCCUCCUGAGGAGGGAGCAUCUGCCCUGGAAGGAGCUCUUACUCUUCAGGAAGUUAUAUCAACUUCUGCCUCUGACCCGGGAGCUGUGUUUGCCUCUUGGAGCAGAAUGACGGCCAGGGACAUGAAGAUGGAGUCAGUGCAAUCACAAGAGACCUGUGGGGUCUGGUGGUGCGUGGUUCAUGGGAGAGGUCUCCCUGCUAACACAGAGGGCUGGGUUCAUUUACAAUUUCAUGCCGGACAGGCUUGGGUGCCUGAAAAAUGAAGGAGGGUGUCUGCGCUCUUCUUGUCGCCUGCAGGUUAUCUUCCUCCCCCACACCUGGAGGACAACAUGCUGUGCCCUGAGUGUGUGCACGGGAAUAAAGUAUUAAUGAAAAGCCUGCAGUGA